AUGAAUAAACCUUUACGAAAAUCCCACCCUUUAUUAAAAAUUAUAAAUAAUUCAUUAAUUGAUUUACCUACUCCAUUAAAUAUUUCAGCUUGAUGAAAUUUUGGUUCUUUAUUAGGUUUAUGUUUAAUCAUUCAAAUUUUAACUGGAUUAUUUUUAGCAAUACAUUAUACAGCAGAUAUUGAAACAGCUUUUAAUAGUGUAAAUCACAUUUAUCGAGACGUAAAUAAUGGUUGAUUCUUACGAAUUUGUCAUGCUAAUGGAGCAUCUUUUUUUUUUGCUUGUUUAUUUAUUCAUGUAGGACGAGGAGUUUAUUAUAAUUCUUUUUUAUUUAUUCCUACAUGAAUAAUUGGAGUAAUUAUUUUAUUUAUAACAAUAGCAACAGGAUUUUUAGGUUAUGUUUUACCAUGAGGACAAAUAUCUUUUUGAGGAGCAACAGUUAUUACUAACUUAUUAUCAGCAGUACCUUAUUUAGGAAAUGAUUUAGUACAAUGAAUUUGAGGAGGAUUUGCAGUUGAUAAUGCAACAUUAACACGAUUUUUUACUUUUCUUAUUUUACCUUUUAUUAUUUUAGCAUUAACUAUAAUUCACUUAUUAUUUCUACAUCAAACAGGAUCAAAUAAUCCUUUAGGAUUAAAUAGAAAUAUUGAUAAAAUUCCUUUUCACCCCUAUUUUAUUUAUAAAGACUUAAUUGGAUUUAUUAUUUUUAUUUGAAUUUUAAUUACUUUUAUUUGAAAAUUUAAUUAUUUAUUAAUAGACCCAGAAAAUUUUAUCCCUGCCAAUCCAUUAAUUACUCCUGUUCAUAUUCAACCUGAAUGAUAUUUUUAUUUGCAUAUGCAAUUCUUCGAUCUAUUCUAAUAAAUUAGGAGGAGUAAUUGCAUUAAUUUUAUCUAUUGCUAUUUUAAUAAUUCUUCCUUUUACACAUAUAAGUAAAUUUCGAGGACUUCAAUUUUAUCCUUUAAAUCAAAUUUUAUUUUGAAAUAUAGUAAUUAUUUGUACUUUAUUAACUUGAAUUGGAGCCCGACCUGUAGAAGAUCCUUAUGUAUUAACAGGACAAAUUUUAACAAUUCUUUAUUUUUUUUAUUUUAUUAUUAAUCCUUUAUUAACAAAAUAUUGAGAUAAACUUUUAAAUUAA